AUGUUACCCGUCUACCCUCAAUAUAUGCUCACUAAAGAAGACUGGUGGUUUCAACACGAUCGAGGAUGUGACAAAGUCCCACCACCUGCUGGCCACUACCUUGAACUUCCUGCAGGAGGCUCUUUCACUGUUGAAAUUGCUCAAAAUCGUGCUUUUACGACCUUUGGUAAAAAUUCAAAAUUCAAUGGCUAUUAUGGUGGUCCCCAACAGCUUAAACGAGGCGAUGAAGAAUGCGUUAUCGAUCCUAAUUUGCACACGCCAAGUCAAGCUUUAGCUCCAGGAACAGUUUUUGCUAUCUCCUAUCAGAACAGCAUUGACAAAGUCACACCGGAAAAUUUGGUCGUCUUCACUGUAAGAUACCAUACACCCUGGCAAAGAUUGACCUCGUACGAUGUACCAAAAGAUUUACCUCCCUGUCCUCCAGGUGGUUGUACAUGUGCAUGGGGACGUUUAGUAUUUGUCAUAGCACUUGUUCAAGAUGAAAUUUUUGAAGAAGUACUUGAAUAA